UGAAAGUGAUUGAGACCUUCAGUGAAGCUCCUCCUACAACAAUCAAACACACAGAGAAAUCACUCCAUGUGUGACAACUGAAAUCUUCAUGACAUAAUGUUGAUGCUGGUUAAAGAGGAGCUUGAGAAGAUGACAGAUCCACAACCAUGCAGAAUAAAGGAUGAAGAUACUGAGGAACAAAUAGAUAAUAUGGAAAUGAAAAAGGAGAGUCAAGCUGAAGUUGAUGAGAAAUAUCAGAUUGUAAAAAUAAACCAUAAUGUUUCACAGAAAGAAACUCUGAAGACAGAAGAAAUAAAGUGUGAAAAUAGUUUCAGAGAAGAUGAACGCCCUGCAGAUCACAAGAGGACUCACAGUGAGGAGAAACCUUUCACAUGUCAACAGUGUGGAAAGAGUUUCACUUUUCAAUCGGGCCUUAGCCGGCACAAGAAAGCUCAUAGUGGGGAAAAGCCACACGCGUGCCAGCAUUGUGACAAGAGUUUCCCAGAUAGAAGUCAACUUAACAGACAUUUGAGAAUUCACACUGGAGAGAAACCUUACACUUGUCAUCUGUGUGAAAAGAGUUUCAUAGAUAAACGUGGACUUGAGGCUCACAUGAGAACUCACACUGGAGAGAAACCUUACAUAUGCUCUCAGUGUGAAAAGAGUUUUUCAAGCAAACAAAGUCUUAAGGCACACAUGAAAGUUCACACUGAAGGAAAACCGUUCACUUGUCAUCACUGUGGAAAGAGUUUCAGAAGACAAGCUCACCUUGAAGAACACAUGAGGACUCACAGUGAGAAGAAACCUUUCACAUGUCACCAGUGUGGAAUGAGUUUUAACUGUAAAUCGAGCCUUAGCUGGCACAUGAAAGCUCACAGUGGGGAAAAUCCAUGCGCGUGCCAGCAUUGUAACAAGAGUUUCCCAGAUAGAAGUCAACUUAAGAUACACGAGAAUUCUCACACUGGAGAGAAACCAUUCACAUGUCAUCUGUGUGAAAAGAGUUUCAGAACAAAUCCUAACCUUAAAGCACACAUGAGGAUUCACACUGGAGAGAAACCACAUCUGUGCCAUCAGUGUGGAAAGAGUUUUAUAACUGCAGGUGAACUUAAGCAACACAUGAGGUCUCACACUGAAGAGAAACCUUUCACAUGUCAACAGUGUGGAAAGAGUUUUAAAACAAAAGAGAGCCUUAACAUACAUAUGAGGAUUCACACUGGAGAGAAACCAUUUACGUGCCAUCAGUGUGGAAAGAGUUUCAGAAAAAAAGAUCACCUUAAAGAACACAUGAGGACUCACACGGGAGAGAAACCAUUCAAGUGCCAUCAGUGUGGAAAGAGUUUCACCUUUCAAACAAGCCUUAACCGGCACAUGAAAGCUCACAGGGGGGAAAAGCCACACGCGUGCCAUCACUGUGACAAGAGUUUUGCAACUGCAAGUUUCUUGAACAGACAUUUGAAAAUUCACACUGGAGAGAAACCGUUCACAUGCCAUGAGUGUAAAAAGAGCUUCAAAACAAAAGCUACCCUUACCACACACAUGAGAGUCCACACUCAAUAGAAACCAUUCAUGUGUCAACAGUGUGUAUAUGGCAACAACGUUUAGAAAUCAGCUGAGAUCUUAUUAAUAAAACUGUCUGGAGGAUCCUUACUAGAAGUCUGCAUGCACACAAAAGCCCUAGAUGUCUGGACUUGUGUUAUUGUGGACUUCAUCAGUCUGGGCCCAAGUACUGCUCCAAUUCCAAGUUCGCGUGAAGCCAAGUUUGCUUAACAACCUUGGAUGUGUUCUUGAUUCACUCAUUGAUUUGAUCAAGGAUACAUCAGGAGGUGACUUGUGUGGACUAAUAUCAGCCAAGUUUUCCAGAACUUCAAAUCUGUGGUCAGUUAGUAAAGAUAGGACCUAAUAUUAAAAUUUCCUCUGACAAUUUUGGAUAUGUGAGUUCAAGUUGAUCAGCGGGUUGUCAGUGCCAUGUACACUGCCAAGGGCAGAUUCAUCUCUGCAAGUCCUUCUGAAAUCUGCCGCUGUCUCAGUGCAGCUGCUCUGCCCUUCAGUGUCUGAUGGUCAAACAUGAAAUAUUCCCUUUGGAUAUAUAUCUAUAUUUUUCUGUCUCUUUAUUAUUCAUAUGAAGUCUGUUAUUUGUUAUUAUCGUUUUAACUGAUGUUAAAGUUAAGUUUCAUAACUUAAAUCACAUAUAUUUUCUAUAGAAUCUUAACACUGAA